AUGAUCAAUUCACCUCCAGGUUCCUAUAGCGGUGGUGGUUCUCGUCGAACACGUUAUUCACGUUCACCAUCUGAUAAUGCACCACCAUCAAAACGUUCUAAACCGUCAAAUUCAAAUGAUCCUUAUGAUCGUAAUCAUGGUAGUGGAUCUGAUCAAUCUCGUGUUUAUACAUCAAUAUGUGUAAAAAAUAUUAAUCCGAAAAUAUCAGAUUUAGAAAUUCGAGAUUUGUGUAAUAAAAAAUUUUCCAAAUAUGGUUCGAAUUCAGUUAAAGUAUAUCAUAGAAAUCAAGAACGUGUAGCAUUUAUUAAUUUUACAAAUUGUGAAGAUGCACGAAAAGCUCGACAUGCUAAAACAGGUCUUGUUUGGGAAAAUAUGCAAGUUCUUUUAGAACCAGUUUAUUAUCGUAAAACAGUUCCAGCUGAGCAACCUAUUAAACCUGAUAGUUCUCGAGAACGUUCUCCACCAAAUCGACGACGUCGUCGUCCAACACCACCAUGUCCUUCACCAUCACCACCACCACCACCACCACCAGUUAGUUCUCAUCAUGGUUCAUCAUCACGACAUCAACGUACAAAAUCUCCUUCUCGUUCAUCACGUCAAGCACGUCGACAAUAUUCACCAUAUAUACCAUUACCACCUGAUUUAGUUAAUUUUGUUAAAAAAAAAUCUAGUCGGCAACGAGAACAUUCAUCAUCACCAACACCACCACCUGUUCGUCGUCAUCAUCAUAAACAACAACGUAGUCCGACUCCAAAUAAUCAUCGAACACCAUCACCAUCAUCACCAAAUCGAACUAAUUUGGAUAAUGAAUCUAGUACUCAACAUGAACCAACACGUACUUUAUUAAUUGAAAACCUUGAACGAAAUAUAACAGAAUCAAAAUUAGAAGAAAUAUUUGGUCGUUAUGGAACAAUUAAAGAAAUUGAUCUGAGAAAAUCAUCAUCAAAACGUGUUUAUGCAUUUAUUCAAUAUGAAAAUGUUGAUAUGGCAUAUGAAGCACGUCGAGCUAUGGAUGGUCAAUCAGUUGGAAAAGUCAAUUGCAAAAUUGUACCAACUAAACAUCUUUGGGUUGGAAAUAUAUCCUCAGAUAUAAAACGUCGUGAUCUUGAACAUGUAUUUUCACGUUACGGGCAAAUUAAAACACUUGAUUAUUCAACGGGUGAUCCAACAGCUAUUAUUACCUAUAGUGAUAUUGAAGACGCAAUUAAAGCACGUACAAAACUUAAUGGUACAAUAAAAAUUGUUGAUGGACGAGUAGUACGUAGUGAAUCUGAUGUAUCACCAUCAUCACGUCGUGGUUUUCGUAUUGAUUAUCUUGAUCGUCCAACUUCUCGACGUUUUGUUAUUGUUCGGCCGCAAAAAAAAUCAUCGAAUAGACGUGAAUCGCGUUCUUCAUCUCGUUCAAAAUCACGUAAUAAAUCUCCUGCAUCCCCGAAACAUGAUCGUACACGUUCUAGAUCAAAUAAUAAUAAUAAUGAUGAAGAAAUUAAAGAUAAUUUAACUGAAAAUCUUAAAACUGAAACACAUUCACGUUCACCAACACCAUCAUCAUCACCACCACCGCCACCGCCACCACCACCACCAAUAUUAAAUACUAUAAAACAACGACGUUCAACAGAUCGUAGUCAAAGUUCACCAUUAACGAACUUAGCUCCUAUUGCUGGACGAACAUUUUAUGGUGCACUAGGUUCGUAUUUAUCACCAAAUGAUACAGAAAAUGUGAAUAAUCUAAAUGAAUUAAUGAUUCUUUGUGAACAAUUAAAUGCAUCAGCAACAAAAAGUAAUACUGCUUUAGCUACUGUUUAUCCUGUUCAAUUUAUACUUAAAUCUCAUGCUUAUGAUGCACGUAUGCAUUUUCUUGCUGGAAGUCCAACAUUGGCUAGUAUUUUACUUGGUCAACCAGGUGAUUUAAUUGCAGCUAAAACUGAAUUAAAAAUAACCCAACGACUUCGUCUUGAUCAACAUAAACUUGAAGAUUUAGAACGAAAACUUCGUAACAGUGUUACAAAUGCAUUAGCUAUAACAGGAAAUAAUUCUCUUACGAAUAUAAAUGGUCAAUCAUUAAAUGGUUUACCAUCAAGUAAUAGUCGAAAACAAUUAACACUUGCAAAUCAAACAAAAUUUGCAAUACUUAUUGCAUCACCUAAAACCUAUAAUUUAACUGAAUUGUUAAAUUCAAUUGAACAACAAAUAUCAAGUGGAAAAGUCAAAAAUGAAAUGACUUCACCAUCACAUUCGAAUGAAAUUGAUAAAAAACAGCUUGAAAUAAAAAAAGAAAAACUACAUAAUGAUAAUGAUAAUACCGAUAAUGAUGAUGAUUUAUUACUUUCUUGUUUGAUUUCUUAUUUAAUUGAAAAAGAAGCAGCUGGUGUUAUAUCAGUGCCAUUUCAUCCAACUUAUCAGAGUGAUCAUGAACAUUCAUCAAAACAAGAAACAGCUGUAAUACAUAUAUUUCCUUCGUGUCAAUUUAGUAAAAAAAUGUUAAAAAUAAUUUGUCCAUCAAUUCAUUUUUCAAAUACAACAACAGCAGUUAAUGAUGAACAUUUAAUGGUUGUUAUUAUACAUAAUGAUUGA